GCAACACUAAUUUGAAGAAAAAUCCACGAUCAAAUGACUUUUGGGAUUUGGCAACACUGAUUGAAAGUAUUUGUCGAUCAGAUGCGAAAAUGAAUGCGAAUUUCUCAUAGAUUUUAUUUUUGUAGGCAGAAGAAUUAUUUGCUACAACAAAAUGGAUAAUAAAGAUUCUACUGAAUGUAUUGAGAAUGAAAAUAAAUCAAAACGUGCAGAUGAAAUUUCCUCUUCUUUCCAAGAGAAAAGUAAUUCCAGUAAAAUAUCAGCAGAUGUGGUUAAUAAUUGUGAAACAGUAACAGAUACUAAUGAUAAAAACAAAGAUUAUGAAACUGUUCUUAAUGAUGAAUCUGAUGAUGAUGUAUAUGAAGAUGUUAUUGAUGCUGAUGAAGAAUAUCUUUGUGAAAAAAUGAAGAAUAUGUCAGACACAGAAAAAUUGGAAGCAAAAGAAGAAGCAUUAGAUUUGAAAAAGAGUGGAAAUACUUAUUUUAAGGAUGAAAAAUAUACAGAAGCAGUAAAAGAGUAUACUAAAGCUCUAAAUAUAUGCCCAUUGUCAUUUUCUAAUGAAAGGUCUAUACUUUAUGCUAAUAGAGCAGCCUGUAGAGCACGAUUGAAUGAAAAGGAAGAAGCCAUUUUAGAUUGUAAUAAAGCUCUUGAGUUAAAUCCUAAUUACAUGAAAGCUUUGUUAAGAAGAGCUCAACUGUACAGAAAUACUGAAAAGUUAGAUGAAGCAUUGAAUGAUUAUCAAAGGGUUCUCCAGCUUGAUCCAAAUGUAUUAGAAGCUCGUCAAGCAUGCAUGGAUCUUCCAGAAGAAAUUAAAGAACGAAAUGAAAAAUUAAAAACAGAAAUGUUAGGUUUGUAUUCUUUUAACAUUUAA